AUGUCGUCGAAGUCUAAAUCCAAAUCGCGCAUCCGCCUCUCGCGGCUCCUCUCAUACGCGGGGUGCAUCCGCCCCCGCGCAGACGAGACCGAGCUGCUCGGAGAGAAGGGCUUUCAGCGACACGUGUACUGCAACGAACCGCAUCGCCACCUGGAGAAAGGCACUCCGCUUCAUUAUUGUAACAACUCGAUAUCCACUACAAAGUACUCGAUAUUGUCCUUCCUCCCAAAGGCGUUAUUUGAGCAAUUCCGCCGCGUCGCCAAUCUUUACUUCCUGCUCUGCGCCAUCCUCGCGCUCACGCCGCUAACGCCGUACGCGCCGUACAGUCUGAUCGCGCCGCUCGUGCUGGUGGUGGGCGUCAGUAUGAUCAAAGAGGCCAUCGAAGACUGGCGCCGAUACCUCGCUGACGACGAGGUGAACAAGCGCAAGGUGCUGCGGCACGUGGGCGAGGGGCGGUUCGAGCCGUGCGAGUGGAAGGCGGUGCGCGUGGGCGACGUAGUUAAAGUGCUCAAGGACGAGUUCUUCCCGGCCGACCUCCUAAUGCUCGCUUCCAGCUACCCGGACGGCGUCUGCUACGUCGAAACAAUGAACCUGGACGGCGAGACGAAUCUUAAACUGCGCAAGGCGCUCGAGCGCACGCUGCCGCUCGAGGACCCCGAGGCGCUCGCGAAAUUCACGGCGGAGAUUAAGUGCGAGGACCCGAACCCGAGUCUGUACACGUUCGUUGGGAAUUUGGAGUGGGAGGGCGAGGCGACGGCGCUGACCGCGGCGCAGGUGCUGCUGCGCGACUCGAAGCUGCGCAACACGGCUUGGGUGGUGGGGGUGGUUAUCUUUACCGGCCACGACAGCAAGGUCAUGAUGAACGCGACCGCCGCGCCGUCGAAGCGCAGCACGAUCGAGCGGCGGAUGGAUAAGAUCAUCUAUUUCCUCUUCGCGUGCCUGCUGCUCAUGGCGAUCGUGGGGAGUAUCGUGUUCGGCAUACGCACGAAGAAUCAGAUGCCGUCCUGGUGGUACAUGGGGCCGAAUGAUACUAACGCGUAUUACGACCCCGCGAAACCCGCCGCGUCGUCCGUUCUGCAGUGCCUGACGGCGAUUAUUCUGUACGGUUACCUCAUCCCCAUUUCGCUUUAUGUGUCGAUCGAGAUCGUGAAGAUUUUUCAGGCGUGGUUUAUCAGCGCCGAUCGUGAAAUGUAUUUCGCGGAAACGGACAUGCCGGCGCGCGCGCGCACGAGCAAUUUAAAUGAGGAGCUAGGGCAGGUGGAUACGGUGCUAAGCGACAAAACAGGCACGCUGACGUGUAACCAGAUGGAUUUUCUCAAGUGCUCCAUCGCCGGCGUCGCGUACGGCCGGGGUAUUACCGAGGUCGAGCGCGCCACGGCGCGGCGGCUCGGGCGCGACCUGAGCGAGCUGGAGGAUUACGACGAGGAGGAGGAGCGCGCCGCGGCGGAGGCGGCGGCGAGCGGGACGGCGAAGCCGGGAGUUAAGGGGUUCGCGCUACGGGAUAAUAGGCUGCUGGACGGCGCGUGGCUGCGCGAGCCGCACCGCGAGGAGAUCCGCAUGUUCCUGCGCGUGCUGGCCGUGUGCCACACCGUCAUUCCCGAGUUGGACGAAGCCUCCGGGCAGGUGGAGUACGAGGCCGAGUCGCCUGACGAGGCGGCGUUCGUGGAGGCGGCGCGGCAGAUGGGCGUGGCGUUCUUCAAGCGCACGCAGACGACCGUUUGGGUGCGCGAACCGGACGAGACGGGGCAGAGCACUGUCGACAGGGAGUAUACGAUCCUGGCACUUAUAGAGUUCAACUCGACCCGCAAGCGCAUGUCAGUGGUUGUGCGAGACCCCUCCAACCGCAUCCUCCUCAUGACCAAGGGCGCCGACUCAGUCAUAUACGAGCGCCUAGCCCCCACUGGGCGGCAGCACUUGGAAGCUACCCGGGCCCACUUGCAUCGGUACGGAGAGGCAGGGCUGCGGACGCUGGCGCUGGCGUACAGGGAGUUGAGUGAGGAGGAGUGCGGGGAGUGGCUGGAGCGGUAUGAAGGGGCGAGGAGGAGUCUGAGUGCGGAGAGGGAGGCGCUGGUUGAUGCUGCUGCGGAGGAGAUUGAGCAGGGGCUGACACUGCUGGGGGCGACUGCUGUGGAGGAUAAGCUUCAACAAGGGGUACCGGAGGCCAUAGACCGGCUGGCACAGGCAGGCAUCAAGAUAUGGGUGCUCACGGGAGACAAGCUCGAGACGGCUAUCAACAUUGGCUUUGCAUGCUCGUUGCUGCGGGACGACAUGAAGCAGAUUGUGGUGUCUCUUGACUCGCCUGACAUUCGCAAGCUGGAGGACACCGGGGAUAAGGAGAAGCUCGCUGCUGUGUGCAGGGACAGGGUGAAGCGCCUGCUGCACGACGGCGCUGCUCUCAUUGACCGUGCCCGCGAGGGGGGCGCUCCUGCUGUAGGGGCAGAUGCUAAUGGUGGGGGCGCUGCCGGCAAUGGCAAUGGCAAUGGCGACGGGGGAGAGGAGGACAGGGAGGAGGGGGAGGAGGGGGACGAAGUGCCGGCGAGGGUGUUUGCGUUGGUGAUAGACGGCAAGUCGCUGGCAUUCGCGCUGGAGCCGGAACUGAGAGCAGCCUUGCUGGCGCUCGCCAUGCAGUGCGCCUCCGUGGUGUGCUGCCGCGUGUCGCCCAAGCAAAAGGCACUGGUGACGCGGCUGGUGAAGGACGGCACGGGGCGCACGACGCUGGGCAUUGGGGACGGGGCGAACGAUGUGGGCAUGAUCCACGAGGCUGACAUCGGUGUUGGCAUCAGCGGCGUGGAGGGGCAACAGGCAGUGAUGGCGAGUGACUUUGCAAUAGCGCAGUUCAAGUACCUGGAGCGCCUGCUGCUAGUGCACGGCCACUGGAGCUACAAGCGCAUUGCCAACGCUGUCACGUACUUUUUCUACAAGAACGUGGCGUUCGGUCUCACCAUCUUCUACUACAACGCAUAUGCAGUGUUUUCCGGGCAGAUCGUGUACAACAGCUGGGCCUGCUCGCUCUACAACGUCUUCUUCACCUCGCUGCCCGUCAUCGGCUAUGGUGUUUUGGAGCAAGAUCUAUCCGACAAGCAAUUGCUUAUGUUCCCAGCCCUCUACCAGCAGGGUCCCAAGAACGUGUUUUUCCACUGGACCACCAUCGCCAUGUGGAUCUUCUACGGCUUCGCGCAGUCCGUGCUGCUCUUCUGGUCCUGCCUCGCCGCCGUGCUGCCCCAGGCGUCUCUAUCCUCAGGCAAAAUGUUUGAGAUGAACGGGCUCAGUGCGACGCUCAUGACGGGUGUGGUCGUGGCAGUGAAUUUCCAGAUCGCGCUGAUAACGGAGCACUGGACCUGGAUUACGCACCUCUUCAUCUGGGGUAGCAUCGGGGUUUGGUACCUCUUUCUUGGGGUGUACUCGUAUUUCGGCCCGGAUUGGUCCACGGAUUAUUACUACAUUUUCUCCGAGUCGCGGAUAGCCCCCCCGGAUCAGCAGAUUGUGCAGGAGAUUGUGAUGCUGAAGCAGGACGAGGAAGCGGCUAAAGCGGCUGUGGCGCCGCCGCUGGCGCCGGUGGGGUUCACGGCAGCGGUAGAGGCGGUGAGCAAGCGGCUGAGGAAGGUGGAGAAGAAGCGGCGGAGACGACGGGAGAAGUGA